AGGGCAAACUGUCUCAACACCAGUGGGACAGUGACCAAGGACUUGCACAGACUUGGAGAUUUUAGGAGCUGGACACAAGACUCUGUAGUUGAAAUAUAUUUUUUUUAGCGUCAUUUUACCACAGAUCUGAGGAAGAGGAAAAGAAGAGACUUAUAAUGUCCUCGUUUGAGUCCCAGGGUCAGUCUCCUCCUCGGUGCGGUCCGCAGUUCCCCUCUCUGGGACAAGAACCUCCAGAGCUCAGCAUGUACAGCGACUGCUACUACCCUCCUCCGUCGCUGCCCAGCCCGCAGCGCACCACCCCGACGUCGUACGAGCUCACCGACUACACCAACCCCUCUCCGAACCCUUACCUCUGGUUCAACAACUCCACACCCUCCUACCUGGGCACCACCGCACCUCCAGGGAACCCAGGGCCCCCCUUCGUCCCGCAGCACUACGGGAUGCAGAGGCCGUACCUGAGCCCGGCCGGCGCUGGGGGUCCGGGAGGGGAGCUAAACUGGUUCUCCCUGCCCUCACAAGAAGAUCUGAUGAAGUUAGUGAGACCGCCGUACUCCUACUCCGCUCUCAUCGCUAUGGCAAUCCACGGGGCGCCAGAUAAAAGGCUAACGCUGAGUCAGAUUUAUCAGUACGUGGCCGACAAUUUCCCUUUUUACAACAAAAGUAAAGCGGGAUGGCAGAACUCCAUAAGACACAACCUGUCACUCAACGACUGCUUCAAGAAAGUGCCAAGAGAUGAGGAUGAUCCAGGCAAAGGAAACUACUGGACCCUUGACCCCAACUGCGAAAAGAUGUUCGACAACGGCAACUUCCGCCGCAAAAGAAAGAGAAAGUCUGACUCUCUCCCCGGCGCCGAGGGAGGAUCCGUGGCUCAAGACUCGGGCGACAGUGACAGAGGCAGUCCCAAACACCCAGGCAGCUCAUCCCUCAGCCUGUCCCCUCCGUCAGACCGCAUCCCCUCCCCCUCCGCCGCCUCCUCGUCGACCCCUUGCCUCAGCAGUUUCUUGACGGAGAUGUCGGGGGUGAACGCUGCGGCGGGAGGAGGAGGAGAACUCGGGGGUGACGGUUUGGCCAGGCCGUUACCCAUCAGCCUGCCUAGUAUAGAUAUAUCGCAUAGGCCCGGCAGCUUCGGGAGCUUCUCGCCCAACAACUCCGCCGGUACGGAUUGGGCGUCGCAAGUGCCGCCUCCGCCCCCCGUGCUGUCGUCCUCGCCCACCCACUCGGCUCUGGGAUACACGAGCCCCAUUCUGAGCCAGUACGGCGGCGGCGCCAGUGGGCAUUUCUACCCGGGACUCAGCUCGACUGGCAUCAUCUAUCACCGGGAAGGGACUGAAGUUUGAAAUACAAAUCGCUAAAACUCUUCAAAUCUUUGUUUUUAAGUUUGACGCAUGUCUGGUAUCCAUAGCAACGUCAGUAAUUUGCAUCCUCCGCAAUUCCGUCAUAACAAAGACCUGCAGCUAGCAUAAAAACGACAUAAAUUACGUCUUGUCUACUUGGGUUUUUAAAACAUUUUUCGCGCUGACGGGUACAUCAGAGCUCACUACAGCGUGACUACAAAGAGUAAAAAGACUUUGAUUCCCAUAGGAACCGCUGAGUCAGCAGCUCCGCGAUCUGCCUAAGUCCCUGAAAAAAAAGAAAAAAAAAAACGUACUCAGCUAUCACUAUCUGAUCCCCCGUCAGCUUUUAUCCAAACUAAACCCUCUCUAUCAGAUCUGACUCAUUAUGAACACACACAAGAUGAGGUCUGCUGACAUGAGGUCCUUUCACGGCGCUACCUGCCAGCGCGCCUGAUGCUAUCGCUAAGUCAACAAUCACAUAUGUCAUUAGGAGCGGGUUAAUCCCACUGUCUGUUUCCAGUUUGCGUCGUAUCAGCAGCGUAGACGUUCCCUUUAAGCGGUGUAUAUAUUCUGUUUGUUAUCGAUAUGUAUCUCAAUAUGUGUGAUAUGUACGGUUUGGUUCUGUUCUUAUUGAUCUGUGCUUUAUAUGUUUGUCUGUUUUUGAUAUGAAUAAAAAAACGUCUCAGUC